GAUGAAAGGUCUCUUCUUCUACAGCCGAUGGAUAAAAAGGAAUUGCAAAAAAUAUCGGAUUUUGUACAUUCUUAUUUUGUUUACUUUUCUACUCGGAUUAUUUUAUCUGAUCGAUAAUGAUAAUACAUUCGGCGUGACUUAUUAUCAGAUUUCUGUUAAUGGCCGCCUUCCGAAGCUUAUCAGGGCUCGAAAUAAUCAUCAAAAUAUGAGUCUUCAUGAUCCUGCUAAUGUAGAAUCCAGCCAAUAUGAUCGCUCAUCUGAUGCCGUCAAUGAAAGUGAUAUUCAAAGCAAAAAUUUAACAGAAUAUCCACAGUGUUUGUCCAGAACUGAAUGGUUAAGAAAAAAUUGGAAAAAUCAUUCAUGUUUUGCUGAAUUUGGAGUUAAUGGAUCAGAAUUUUCAUUUAUUCGUUAUCUUAGUGAGGUUGAAAAUUUGUGUCCUAUAAUGGAUGAUCGAAAACUUGUAAAACGAAGUAAAAUAGCUCAGAUAACACGAGAAUUUGAAGGUUUACAUGAUAUACUACCUUCGUCUGUACAGCAUUCUGCAUCACACUCCUUUAUGCAUGCUAGAUUAAAGCGAAUGUGGCCUGACUGGCUGGCAGGAAUUCAGCACUACAUCAAUGGUGUUAACACUUCUUGGCCUGAUUCACAGGAUCCUUGUAAACAUUGUUCUUCUGAUGAUGUAACUUGCUUCACACUUUGUCACUCUACAAAACUAACAGGUCAACCAUUUUUAUUUGGAAGACCAAGGCUUAAUAUUCUAGUUCAUUUAGAAUUUUUAUCAAAUGGUGUUGGUGGUAAUUACUUCGAAACAGUAACAUCCAAAGGUGGUCCCCUUGGUGAACUUGUUCAGUGGACUGAUCUCAUUGGUGCUCUAUACAUUCUUGGCCAUACAUUAACAAUAACAUACGAAGCUUCUAAAGCAAGACUGCUUCUUUCAAAUUCAGACAGUAUACCAUGUAAGGUGAAAACUACUGAAUACGACUUAAUAUACACAGAUAUUCCAGGAUUCAGACAGUUAAGUAGAAGUGAAAUCCGUGAAUCAACAUGUAAAUUUCGUAUAUUGGAUACAUUUGGAACAGAAGCUACAUAUAAUCGCAACGAAGAACGUUGGGGUGGAUUACAUUUAAAUUUACAACAGUUUUAUACAUUUUUUCCUCAUACACCGGAUAACACAUUUCUAGGUUUUGUUACUGAAAUAUUCCCAUUUAAAUCUAACACCACAAAUCAAUCCUUAUCUAAACCAUUUGCUAUUGUCUAUGGAAAAGAGGCUUAUAUGUGGAAGAAUAAAACAAACUACUUGAGAAUUUUGUCGGAUUACUUUGAAUUACAUGGAAAUGUGUUGGAUAAAAUUGAUAAAUUACCGGAUUUUGUUCACAUACAUCAAUUACAAUAUGGUCAACCAUAUUUAGAAUUAUUGUCGAAAGCUCAAGUUAUGAUUGGAUUGGGAUUUCCUUAUGAAGGUCCUGCACCUUUAGAAGCCAUUGCUAAUGGUUUAAUUUUUCUCAAUCCUCGUUUUAGUCCACCUCACAGUCGAACUACUGAAUCAUUUUUUAGUGAUAAACCAACUUCACGAGGUCUUACCAGCCAACAUCCAUAUAUUGAAAACCAUAUCAGUGAACCUUAUUCCUAUUUGAUUGAUAUGGGCAAUGAGACACAGAUACGUCAAACUGUUCAACGUAUUCUGACAACCAUUAAAAAAGGAUCCUAUCGUCCUCACGAAUAUAGUCCAUGGGGUUUUUUCGAACGUCUCAACGCUUACUUAACACGUCAAAAUAUUUGCUCAACACCUUUUUACAACAAAUUGAUCCAAUCUCCUUUGCCGGUGCCAGUGUCUGAUGGGUCUGAAAAAUUUAACUACAUGGAUGCCUCUGACACCUCUGUUACAUGGCCUCCAGCUUCAAGUUUAAGGAUAGUUUUGGGAUCUUCCGGUAAAUCUUGUUCUGAAGUGUGCAUGAGUCUGAAAACCUCAGGAAACACUUUUGCAGGACAUCCUGAUAUUUCUGCUCAUUCCAUUCAUGACAUACCUCAACAUCCCCAAAUACAGAAUGGGUACCUUUACUAUCGUUCUAUACAUGCUACCCCUUCACCAAAUGUGUCUUACCUUUACACGUUUCGCUGUUCUCCAGAACACUUUCCAAGUAUUAAUAACCGACUAAACCUUCAACGUUUUGGUAUUUCUUGUCCUAAUAUUACCUACUCAACUAGUCCGAUGGCACCAUAUUGGGACGAUGCAAGCAGUUCAUGUGUUUUUCAAGCUAGUCAUGAAUGGUUUGAUUGUACUGCUUCAGGAACUAUGAACGAAUCUCAUGUAUUUUCUCGUUUUUGUCCUUGUCGUGACGCUCUUCCUAACCAGAUUUCUUUAUGUUCUAACUGUUUAUGA